UGAAAGAGGAAAAAGUAUUUAUUUGGUAGCGGAAUGGUAUUUGUGCAAAACUUAGCUAUUGAAAUGUAACACGAAAUAAGUUUGGAAAGAUUUUGGCGUGAAGGACGCGGGUUGGCGAAGGAAGAACAAGAACAGGCCUCCUCUUAGCGAUGAAAUCCUCCGAAAACAGAGCAACCCUGCAUUAAGCUCGAAGCCAUCCAGUUCUCAAAUUUCCAAACCCUAAUUCCCACAUUCAAACCGAUUCUUGUUCUUUUGCAUUCUAUUUUCCCUUUUUUCUUCUUCUUUUUUUCAUCUGUUUUUUCUUUCUUGGGCGUCGUAGUUGCAUUGCAGGUGUUCCAGAUGGGAAAAUCCCGCAAGAAGGAGCGUUCAAAGACUUCUUCAUCCCAGAGAAGUAGGAGAAAGAAUAGAAGUAGUAGGAAAUUGAAGUCCAAGAAGCUGCGGUAUCGCCACGAUUCUCCCUCUUGCUCUGACACUGAUUUUGAAAGUUCAACUUCACUGUCCUCUUCUAGCUCUGAGGAUGAUGAGAAAGUAGGAAGAUCUCGAUCCAAUAAGCUAAAGAAUGCAAAGCCUGGUAAAAAGAGAGCUAAGAAGCGAUCUCGUGAUGAUCAAAUUAGGGAUUUAUCUCCUCACCCCAGAAAGAGGAAGCAUUCGAAGAGACACGACCGUUGCGAGGUGAAGAAGACCAACAAAAGGAAGAAGCGUAGAAGAGAUGUGAGUGUUAGUGCCACGAGUAGGGACUCUUUGAGCUGCUCAACUUGUGGAGAUGGGAGUACAACCAGCAAUGAGAGUGAAAUUGAUAGGCAUAGGGGCAGGUCUGGAAAGAGAAAAAGAAAUAGGGGGAAGACUGAAAGAAGUAGAUACAGGUCAAAGAGUCAUUCACCAUGCUCUUUAUGUAGUGAAGGUAGUGAUUAUCAGAAUGAGGUUGAGGAUGGCAGUUAUGUUGAGAACAACUUUAGACGAUUAAGAUCAGUAAUUGUUGUAGUAGGAGAGGAAAACAAAUUAAAGACGUUUGAUGGGAAUGAACAACAAGAAGAGGUCAUGCAUCAUCCUGAUGACGACCACCCUUCUUUUGGAGAUAUGGACAGUAACGAUGGGAUGAGUAAAAGAGAACUAGAUCGUGUUACAUCUAAUGAGGCAUCAGAGGUAGAAAACAAAAAAGAAGUGGUUAUACCUGAUAUUAGAAACUUUUUGGUUGUAAAGGAUGGUGGAGUUCAAAAUGAGGGAAGCAACAAUAACCAUGGAGGAGUAACUAAUGACCAUCCUUUAAAUGAAGGAAAUAAUGGCUCUGGAAAUACUGACAGGAUAAAUUGUAUUGAUUUGGAGUCAAUUUUAAGACAGAGGGCUCUGGAAAACCUAAGAAAGUUCAAAGGGGUGCCCCCAAAGAACGUAGAAACUUCUGCUAACUGCCAAGUUGAUAAUAGUAAUGAUGCGAAGCAAUUGUACUCUCCUGUCUCUAAUUCAGUUCGCAUUAAGUCCCCUAGGGAUGAUGCUGAGAUAAAUGGUAAGGGAUUCUCUGGACAAGGUGGGGGGAAUGCGGUAAACCCAAUGAUAGUUGAGGAGAAUGGUGUUGAAUCUACUAAUGCGAUAGAUUCAGCAGUUGCAUCUACGCAUGAUCCUAUCUAUUCUUCACAGAACCUGGGUAAGAUUUCCAGUACAAGCAAUGGUAUGAAUGAACUAAAGCAGGAUAUUUCUUCAUUAGACCAGGAGGCCGUAAAUGACAAUAUUUGCCAGAAGGUGGAUGCAGAUAUUUGUUCUACAACUAGCAGAAGCAAUUUGGUUUAUGCAGCUUUGAGACCCGACUCAAAAGUUGAUUUCCUUGUAAAGCAGGCAUCUGCUCCUCAAGAAUAUAUCCAAACAAAGCCAUCUAUAUCUGACAUGGGUGUAGAUGAGAUUGCUCAAAUGCAGAUCCAGACGAGGAAUAAUGAUGAUCAAAACAUUGUUAAUGGUUUCGAUUCUUCAGCUCACAAGCCUUCUUCUUCCCUUAAUUAUUUUUCAGGAGAAAAUAGCUUGAAUAAGCCCAGACAUGAGAGUGGGGAAGGCUCACAGUUUGAACAGAAAACAAUGUCCGUGAUGAGAGGUGGUGAAAUGGUGCAGGUGAACUACAAGGUCUACAUCCCGAAGAGAGCUCCUGCUUUGGCCAGGAGGCAACUCAAGCGGUGACACAAGAUCCGUGAUUAUGCAGUCAAUAUAGGAUGUUCCUGUUCAUUGAUCACUUUCGUUAGCAAGGAGAUCCAUAAGCCUUAAAACAUGAACAGUAAUUAGGGAAGUCAAUUGUGGAUAUUUAUGUCUGUUAAGUUGUUAGCUGUUUUCUUUCCAUAACAAUGAUCAAAAUGAUCUUUUGAUCUAACGAGAUCCUCGUGUUUACAAAGCCUUCUUAUUUAGUUUUCCUUGUGAUGCCAAAACCUGGUAUAGGUGAGUUGAUGAUCACAAUUAGUUUCACCUUCUAUUCUAUCAUGUCCUUGUGAAUAAACUCAAACCUCUAAGUGGUGUCCUCUCUAAGUAUUGGUGCUAAGCCUUAAGAUUGGUUUCGGUUCCGGCUCCUAAGUCUUUCUUCUUUCUCUAUCUUUUAGAACUUGCAUGGGUGCUUUUGGUUUGGUUUGAUUUGUACUUAAAUCACUAGCAAGUUUCAAGAUCAUGGAGGCUCGGGCUGGCUAUGUAGGGGAAAAGGAAGGGGGAUGUUGAGGGGUGAGGAGAGAGUGAGAGAGGAAAUUACUUUAACGAGAUACGGAUGAGAUUGUUUUAUUUCAUGGAUUAAGUUGUUUAGAUUUAAGUUGAAUAUAUUGUGGAUUUUACUUGUAACAUAUUAUGGAUUUUUUUGCAAGUUGAAUAUUUUAUUAACCAUGGAUCUCAACGAAAUCUUGUCUUUAACGA